AUGUCCAAACAUUUUCCGGCUGAUUGUCUGUGUCCAUCCUUAUUCUAUGUCCAAACCUUUCCGGCUAUCAGUCUAUACCCAAACAUUUUCCGGCUGAUUGUCUGUGUCCAUCCUUAUUUUGGUUGCUUGUCUAUGUCCAAACACUUUCCGGCUAUCAGUCUAUACCCAAACAUUUUCCGGCUGAUUGUCUGUGUCCAUCCUUAUUUUGGUUGCUUGUCUAUGUCCAAACACUUUCCGUUUUUCAGUCUAUACCCAAACAUUUUCCGGCUGAUUGUCUGUGUCCAUCCUUAUUUUGGUUGCUUGUCUAUGUCCAAACACUUUCCGGUUUUCAGUCUAUACCCAAACAUUUUCCGGCUGAUUGCCUGUGUCCAUCCUUAUUUUGGUUACUUGUCUAUGUCCAAACACUUUCCGGCUAUCAGUCUAUACCCAAACAUUUUCCGGCUGAUUAUCUGUGUCCAUCCUUAUUUUGGUUGCUUGUGUAUGUCCAAACACUUUCCGGCUAUCAGUCUAUACCCAAACAUUUUCCGGCUGAUUAUCUGUGUCCAUCCUUAUUUUGGUCCUUGUCUAUGUCCAAACACUUUCCGGCUAUCAGUCUAUACCCAAACAUUUUCCGGCUGA